UUCACAAGAGGAAAACAGAGAUAUGAUCAUAUUGCUAUAUCCAUAGUUCAUAGAACAUAUAGACUUAAUUAAAGGCUACUAGGUAAGGGCGUGAUCUUUUGAAAAGUCAUACCAAAACUAGUAGAUCUGAAGAGCUAUAAAAAUGAGUGAGAACACGAGCUUGCUAUAUAGAAACACCUGACAUCAAGCAGGGAUGGAGAAAGCGGUGGCUUUCAUUGGUCUGGUAUUGGCUGUAUGUUUGUUUCACCUGAACUCAGCUACUGCCUUGGGUGUUUCUCUAAAUGAUUUGUAUCAGAGGACUCCACUUACAGGGGCUGUAGCUGGUACUGUGGCUUCAUCUGUGAAUUGUAAGCCGCAGGGUAGCACUCGUCUACCUGUAUUCUCAAUGGAUGGAGAUUUCACUAUUGGUGGAAUUUUUUCUAUUCACAACUAUGUGCACACAGUUAACAAUAACUACACCACCAUGCCUGAGCCAGUAAGAUGCAGUGGGAGCAUGGAAUCUCGAGAGCUGCGAUUCUCACGUGCAAUGAUCUUUGCCAUUGAACAGAUUAACAACAGCACAGAGCUGCUACCUGGAAUCAAACUCGGGUAUCAGAUCUAUGACUCGUGUGCAUCUGUGCUUGUGGCGGUGCAUGUGGCAUUUCAGUUUUUGAAUAGCUUGGACCCUGUGUUUUACAUUGGCAAUAACUGCUCCCAAUCUGGUAUGGUGAUGGCUGUUGUUGGUGAGUCUGGGUCUACACCAUCCAUCAGCUUGUCACGAGUCAUCAGUUCCUUUAACGUUCCUCAGGUGAGCCACUUUGCCACAUGUGCAUGCUUGUCUGACAAGCAGCAGUACCCGAAUUUUUUCAGAACAAUUCCCAGUGAUAAGUUCCAAGCUGGUGCACUAGCCAAGAUGGUAAAACACUUUGGCUGGACUUGGAUAGGUGCUGUUCGAUCAGAUUCGGAUUAUGGAAAUAAUGGCAUGGCAUCUUUUCUAGAAGCAGCACAAAAAGAGGGGAUCUGUGUGGAAUACUCUGUAUCUUUCUAUCGGACAAACCCACAUAGCAGGAUCCAGAGAGUAGCAGAUGUUAUCCGCAGGUCUACAGCUAUGGUUAUUGUGGCAUUUGCAGCUAUAGGGGAUAUGGCAAUCCUAUUGGAGGAGCUUUCACGUGAGCCUUCCCCACCUCGCCAGUGGAUAGGCAGUGAGGCAUGGGUAACCAGCCCAGAAUUAACAAGUUUCAGUUUCUGUGCUGGGGCCAUUGGAUUUGGGAUUCAGAAGUCUUUAAUCCCAGGUCUCAGAGAUUUCCUGCUAAAUCUGUCUCCCUCUCAAGUAGCAGCCUCUGCAUUGCUUACGGAGUUCUGGGAGGAUGCAUUCAACUGCACACUGAAAAAAAGUGCUGCUGCUACAAAGAAUAACGUGUGUGAUGGAAAAGAAGACAUACAGAAUCUCCAAAGCCCAUAUACUGACACAUCUCAGCUUAGAAUUACUAACAUGGUGUACAAGGCUGUGUAUGCAAUAUCACAUGCCAUUCAUAAUGCAGUGUGUCAGAGAAAAAACGUCACAUCUCAGUGUGACAAACUGACCAGGUUAGAGUCCAAACAGGUUUUAAAUCAGCUGAAAACAGUGAACUUUUCUCAAAACGGUUAUGACAUGUCAUUUAAUGAUAAUGGGGAUCCUGUAGCAAUUUAUGAGCUGGUUAACUGGCAAAAAGGUAAAAGUGGAGAUGUUAAAAUGGUAUCUGUAGGGCUUUACGAUGCUUCACUGCCAGUGGGCCAGGAGUUCCGGAUCAAUAGAAACAUAACCUGGAUGGAGGGUACCACAAAAGUGCCAGUGUCAGUGUGCAGUGACAGUUGUCCUCCAGGAACUCGUAAAGUGCUGCAGAAAGGAAAACCCAUCUGCUGCUAUGAUUGUAUACCAUGUCCUGAGGGCGAGAUUAGUAAUACUACAGAUUCUGCUGAUUGUUUACCCUGCCACAAAGAGUUCUGGCCUAAUGCAAAGAGAGACACUUGUAUCCCUAAACCUGUAGAAUUUCUUUCAUUUCAAGACAUCCUAGGGAUCAUCCUGGCUACAUUUUCAGUUCUUGGUGCUUGUCUGGCCAUCAUAACUGGGGCUGUAUUCUUUUAUCACAGGACAUCUCCAAUUGUCAGGGCCAACAACUCUGAGCUGAGCUUCCUGCUGCUCAUCUCACUGACUCUGUGUUUCUUAUGUUCAUUAACUUUCAUUGGAGCACCAUCUGAUUGGUCCUGCAUGCUGCGUCACACUGCGUUUGGCAUCACCUUUGUGCUCUGUAUUUCCUGUGUACUUGGGAAAACUAUAGUGGUUUUAAUGGCUUUUAAAGCUACACUUCCAGGAAGCAAUGUGAUGAAAUGGUUUGGUCCUCCACAACAAAGAAUGACUGUUGUGUCUUUCACCUUCAUUCAAGUUUUAAUAUGUACUAUUUGGUUGGUACUUAGCCCUCCAUUCCCAAUUAAAAAUCUAACCACAUACAAGGAGAAAAUCAUACUGGAAUGCGAUUUAGGCUCUCCUGUAGGCUUCUGGGCUGUGCUCGGUUACAUAGGCCUACUUGCUGCCUUUUGUUUUGUUUUAGCUGUCUUAGCCCGCAAAUUACCUGAUAAUUUCAAUGAAGCCAAAUUCAUCACUUUCAGCAUGCUAAUAUUCUGUGCAGUGUGGAUCACCUUUAUCCCAGCAUAUGUCAGUUCUCCUGGGAAAUUCACUGUAGUUGUGGAGAUUUUUGCCAUUCUGGCCUCCAGCUUUGGACUAAUAAUGUGUAUAUUUGCUCCAAAGUGUUUUAUCAUUUUGUUUAAGCCCGAGAAGAACACCAAGAAAAAUUUGAUGAACAAAAACCAAUCAUAGUAUAUCCUUGGUUCAAAAAUGGUUACUAUUGCAAGCAGACAUUUUACA